CCAUUUGAGUUGCUAUGGUAACAAAACAUUUGAUUUUUGUAUACAAACAUUGUGAUGAUAAAUUUAUAUAGGUAUAUUUUUUUCUCUCCUCUAAGAUGACAAUAAAUAAAAAAAUAUAAAUAAUUUAACUGUGUUAUUUAUUUGUUUAUAUAAUUUAAUAAUUAUUAAUAAAUGGACUCUGAUGAUUCUGUUGAUUUGGAAGAAGUUGAUAGACUCGUUGGUGGUUUGGAUGAUCUAGACAAUGAUCUUUUUGGAAUUGAUACAUCAAAAAAACCAAAUAAAUUAUUUCAAAAAAAUGAUAAACCCAAAGUUGUAUUUCCAGAUUUUAAUGAUGAUAAUUCUAUUGAUGAUUUAUUAAGCGAUGGAGUUGAUACAAAAAAAAAUUAUAAAUCAACAUUUUCUGAUACGAAAUCUAAUAAAAUUGCUGAAUUAUUUAAAAUUGAUACACAAAUUGAUUCAACAAUAUCAAAAACAAAUCCAGCAUUGGCUGGUUCAUCAACAAAUGAUACAAAAAUAUUAUUAAAUAAUGAAAAAUCACAGUCAAUUGCAAAUAAAUCUAGCCCAACUGAGAUACAAAAAAAUAUUCCAAAAAUAAGUGAAACAUUGGAUCUAUUAAAAGAUGAUAAUAGUACAGGUGUAAAACAAACAGAAGGAAAUAAAAGGUCAGCUUUUAUUGAAGAUAUAUUUGGAACAAAACCACGAACAACUAAAAAUAUUGCUCAAACAAAUAAAACAACAACUGUUGGACGUCUUGAUGAUAAUUUAACACAAUCAAUGCCAAAUUUUUUAAACAAUAAUGAUGCUCAAACUGUUAAAACAUCAUCAACUGGUUUUACACUUACAAAUUCAGCAACGAGAGAGCCAAGAAGAAGAGCUAAAUCAAAUAUUCUUGAUGAUCCUCUUGGUCUUUUGGGAACAACAUCAAAACCUACUGAAGAAAUUGUCCAACAAGUUCAGCCUAAAGUUGAUGUAAAAAAAUCAGUAAAUGCAUUACCACAAGAUGAUCUACCAGAAUGGUUAAGUGGUACAAAAAGAACAACAAAUGCUGAAAAAUUAGAUGAUAAAAUUAAUAAUAAAGAAGCUGAAGUAUCAAAUUUAACAUCAACAUUUGAUGUAAAAAAUAAUACAAAUGAUAAAAAUACUAAAGAUAAAUGUAAUAAUAAUUUAUCAUUGUUAACUGAAACUCAGCUUGAACAACAAGCUUCAAUUGUUGCUCUUCAUCAACAAGAACAUGAACUUCGUACUGCCAAAAUAUUAACUGAACAGAGUAAUCAACUUAAUAGCAUUGUUUCUACACAAAAAGCCAAAAUUGAAGAACAAGAAAAAAUGUUAAAUACACUUGUUAAAAGUCAAGUUGAACGUCAAGCAAAUUUAGAUACACAAAUUAAAAUGCAACAAGCAAAAAUUGAUCAUUUCAUACAGGCACUAUCAAGACAACCAAGUCUUCCAGUAAUUUUUAAAAAUGAAAAUGAUGGUAAUGAUAAUAUUGAGGAUAAUAUACAUCAUGAAAAUAAAAAUAUUGAAACAGAAAGUAUGAUAAAUAAAUUAAAAAUUGAAAAAGACAAUUUAGAAAAUAUUAUUAGUAUUUUAAAAAUUAAACAAGAGACUGAAAUUAAAAUUCUCGAUGAUUCACAUGAAUUACAAAUGCAUUUUAUGGAAAUAACAAUGAAAAAACUUGAAGAUAAAUUAAAAAAUGAUACUGAAUUAUUAGAAAAUAAUUAUGAAAUAAAAAUAGAAAAAUUAAUAAAUGAAAAAAAACAAUUGGAGGAUUAUUACAAGUUACAAAUUGAAACUUUAAAGACUGAUCAUGCUGAAUAUGUCAAAGAAAUUUACAAUAGACACUUGGAACAAAUUAAAUUAUUACAAAAUGAACAUUCCAAUAUGAUGGAAAAUAUUUGUCGAUCAAAAGAACUUGAAAGACAAACAGUGGAUUUUAUUGAAAAUAAAAAAAAUGAUCUUGAUAAUGUGCUCAAACAAUCUCAAUUAAUUUUUGAUAAUAUUCAAACAUUUUCUGAUAAAUUAAAUAACAAAGAUCAACAAAUAACUGAUAAACAAAAUAAUGCAUUAAAAAAAGAAGAAGAAUAUUUACAAGAGAUGAAAGAAAAUUUAAAAAAUCAACAAGACUCAAUGGAAAAAGAGCGAAGGCAAUUAAUUAUUGCUGCUGAAAAAAUCGAAACACAAUCUUUAAAAUUAUCAUCAGAAUAUAAAAAAAAUUCUGAUAUUCAAGAUGACAUAGAAUCAAGAUUAAAAAUUCGUGAAAAAGCUUUACUUCGAGAAAAGGAAUUAUUUUUAGAACAGAGUAAAUGGGAACGUGAACAUAUUCAAUACAUGAAAGAAACAUGGACAAUUGAGCAAAAACGACAAAUGCAAAUGAUAGCUGAUGAACGUGAAAAGUUACAUGCAGAAAAAGCAAAAUUUGAAGUAUUAAAUAAUUUAAAAUGCAAUUCUGAUGAUAUAACAAAAGCUGAAUUGGAAUCAGCAUUGAAUACAGCCAGACAAGUUGCAAAAGAAGCUAAUGCUGAAAGAGAAAAAUGGCAAGAAAGAGUUGCUUCACUUGACAUGGAAAAAAAACGUAUACAAAUUAAAGAAAAAUCAUUAACUGAUAAAGCAAGAGAGCUAGAAAAUUUAACACAAUCAGCAAUAUCAAAACGUGAUGAAGGCUUGAAAGCACUUAAAGAUGCUCAUUAUCUUGAAAAACAACAGACUGAUAAAAUGAAUCAAAUGCAAAUACAACUUGAAAUGCUUGCACAACGUGAAAAUAAAAUUGCUACAGAUAAACUAUCAUUAGCAAGAGAUAGAUUAAUAAUGAAAACAAGCCAAAGAGAAAAACCAGAAAAAGACAUGACAAGUAAUUAUCAUUAUUCGAAAUAUGAAAAUGAUAAAAAACAUGAAUCACAAAUACAAACACAUUUUUCGGAUAUUGUAGAUCCAAAAUUGAUUCUUUUAAAAUUAAAUUUGGACAAUAAUUUGAGUACAUCUAAUCAGCUAUUAUCAGACAUGCAAAUAACUAAUUAA